AAGGAAUAGAUGAGGUAAUGAAAGAACUUGGUAUUAACAAGUUUGUAGCAGUUAUUACAGAUAAUGUACCAAACAUGAAAGCUACUUGGUAUAUUUUAAAAUUAAACUGGCCAAAAGGUAUAUUAGAAACUAGUAAAAAAAUAGUUAAUUAUUUUAGAAAUCAUAGUAUACCAUUAGCAGCACUUCGUCAUCUUCAAAUAGAAAAAUAUAGUCAUAUAAUCUCUUUAAUUCAAAUAGUAGAUACACAUUGGGGAUCUGCAUUUUAUU